AUGAAAUUAAUUUAAUUACUUAUUGAUUUUAAGGAGGAUUAAGAAGAUGAUGAACUGAAAUACUUUACAUUUAUUUAUUAUAGUUCGAGUUAAAUUAUAUACAAAGGUGAAUAUAAAAAUGGUAUUAAGGUUGACAGGUGGGAUAUGUUGUAUAGACAAUUAAAAACGUUUGAAUAGAUGUAAGGGAUUUUUUUUAAUUUAUUUAGCGGUGGUGGAACUUACAAUGAUCGAAUAGAAAAAUAUAAACAGGUUAAUUAAAAAAAAAUGGAAGAUGGGUUGAGUUGAGUGAUGGCUUUAAAUAGUAUAAAACUUAGGAAUUAUAUAAUUUUCUAUAAUAGUUCAAAUUAAGUUACGCAUAAUGGGGAGUAUAAAAAUGGUAAAAAGGUUGGUAGAUGGGAUAUUUUUUAUAUAGAUUAUGAUGAAGGUUGGAAAAUUGAAAAAAUGUAAUUAUUUUAUUCCUAAUAUUUAUAUAGCGGAGGUGGAUCAUAUGAUGUUAUUGGGGAAGAUAUGGAAGGAUAGGGACAUCAAAAAAAUGGAAAAUGGAUUGAGUUAAGUGAUCAUUUUGAUAGGUAUAGGAAUUUUAAAUUAAUGUUUACUAUUAUAGUUCAAAUUAAGUUACCUAUGUUGGAGAAUAUAAAAAUGAUUAGAAAGUAGGUAGCUGGGAUAUCAUUUUCAAAUAUGAUUAAGAAGGUUGGAAAAUUGAAAAGAUGUAAUUUUUUUAUUUCUAAUUUCUAAAGUGGAGGUGGAUUAUAUGAAUAAAAUGGAGAAAAUAAGGAUGCAUAGGGAAAUCAAAAAAAUGGAAAAUGGAUUGAGUUGAGUUGA